AUGGAGUACCUGGGACAGACUCAGACUGCUACCUACUUGACUGGCCCAAAACAAUUUAGCCAGUAUAGUCAACUUCCCACCAUUGGAAACUUUCAAAAUACAUAUAAAACAACUGAUUCAUAUCCAGCACCUUCUCCUCUUAGAAGGUCACUUACCACUUUGCCUUGGAGACCAAGCACAUAUUAUCAAACCAAGGUCAGUCUACUGCCAAUAGAUUAAUGUAGUUUUUAAAUACUAUUAUAAUUAUAAAGACUUGAAGGCAAUGUUCCCUUUAAGCUGUGCGGCCGCACAGCUAACUCACAGACGCCACGCAGCAAAUUUCCAUGUAAGUUUAUGUUUGUGGGCUGUAAAAUUUUGCACUCAUAAAAAAAUGAUGCUGUAAAUCUUUGCACACAGCUGUAUGAUUUUGCACACGAACCAGCAAACCUUAGAGGGAACAUUGCUUGAAGGUGCCCCAAAAAUCAUUGUAGGAUGCCACAAAAUACAUUCUUAACUUUGAAUUUAAGAGCUGGACCUAAAGAAAACACUAUUUACCACCUAAUUGAAUUUAUUGUUUUCCAAAUGCAAAAAUUUCUCAUAUAAACUGCUUCUACUUCUACUCACAACUUGAGCUUGAACAAAUGUACCUGGUGCAGAGAAUAUGAAAAUCCAUAUCUUAAAUGUAUAGGCCUAAUUUGUAUUGAGGUGUGGUCAAGAUAUUUAAAUUAGAACCAAUGUAAUCUUUGUUGGAAGCUUGGACAGUGGCGUAGCUAAGGUCGGUGUCACCGGUGUGGUAAACUCAUGGUGUCACCAUAAAUUCAAUAUCAGCUGCCUAGGUAUUUCUUUUAAAAGUUUAUCCUCUGAUAACUCAUCAUAGAAAGAGGUUAAUUUUGGAAGGGACAUCAAUAAAUCUUCUUCACUUGCUUAUAGUAGACUCUUGAGCCCAAAACAUAUCUGCCACUUCCUUGAUCAUUAGGGAUCUGAUCUGGAGUUCAAAAUGAAACGUGCAUCUCCCUUCUAUUUUCUUCUCACAGAGAAAAGAUAGCAUCCAUUAAUUGUUCCCCUUUAAUUCUAUUCUUUAACCUAUAUGUUCUCUCUACGUAAAUUCCAUAUAUUUCUGAUUUUAAAAGUACAUUUUCAAUAGCACGUUCCAAAAGUGAGAACACUUCCCGUGCAGAAACAAUCUUAAGGCCUCUGUGUUGGUCACCACUUUGUCUGUAAAGACUAAAGCCUUUAGUCUGCAGAUACUGCUGUGUAAGAUUAACUUCCCCAAGUAGAUCAUCCCAAAGGUAAAGGUAGCAGAUAAACAUGACAUCACAGACAGCAUGUAAAAGACCUUGUGCUGUAUGACAAUCGUGCUCUAAUGUUAAGAGGUCUUGCUAGUGACGAAUCGGCGAAAAUAUUUAUUUUUCAAUAUAUUGGUUUCAGUGUAUGUGUUUUUUUAAAAACGUUUAAAAAUUUAAUAAAAAAUAUAUUUAAAUUAAUUAUUAAAAAUUAUUAGAACAUUUUGUAAAAACACUAUUUUGUUGAACCUAAAAAUGGGUAAACAUUUAAUUUUAAUUUUAUUAAUUAUCACCGAUUCGAUUUCCUUUACUUAGAAUCGUCCGACUAUGUUAUAUUUGGUUUCAGGGGAAGGCUUUAUUUCUCAGAAUUUGGAUAAAUAUUGCUUCCUGUCAUUUAUGAAAGUUAUCGAACACUUCAAUCGGCAUUGAAUAAUGCUCAAAAAGGUGUUUCUGACACAUUAUUUGGAUUAGUUACACGUGUGGAAAAUUAAUGUGUGAUCGGUUAUCCUUUUAUGAAAGGAUCUGUUAGACUGAGCAGUGUGUGCUCUGUAAAUAUGCAAUUUUUCAAUUGGGUGUCACCCCCUGGGAUGGUGUAACCCAUAUUGUGGUCCGCACCCCUGCAACCCUAGCUACGUCACUGGUUAAACAUAUAAAUGGGUAAAAAGACAUUUUUAAACAGUAUUUUUCGGAAUUAAUUAUAGGGUGACCUCAUUUUUGACGCAUCAACAUAUAACUUUUAAUAAAUAACGCAUUGGGAUUUGUUACAUGUGUGGAUAAUUUUUCUGUAUGAUUGGUUAUCCUUUUAUGAUAAUCGGUUGGACCGAGCACUGUGUGCCCUGUAAAUAUGCAAUUUUUCAGUUGGGUUUCACCCACUUAGAUGGUGACACCCGGUGCGGUCCGAACCCCCUUGCUACGCCACUGAGCCUAGAUAAACUUUUGAAAGAUUUUGAAAUGAACAUAACAAAUUAAGAGAAUGUUAUAUACAUCAGAGAUCAAAAUUUCUUAUUAAGUGCAUGAAGUAAUAUAUUUAUUGUUUCUGGUACCAGUAUCUAAAAUUAAUAUCAAUAUUUGUUCAUCAUUGAAAGACAAAGGCAUAGCUGCCUGUCUGCUCCUCCAUGCGUGGCUCAAGAAUUUGAGCAUGACACUUAGGAGUUCCUGUUGUAUUUUUCACAGUUGAACAUCAACAAUUUAUGCUCUUUAGCUGGCCUGUUCUUUUUACAGCUAGACUUGUGUUCUUACCUGCUGUUUAACCUAUUUAAUUCAUAGUUUGUCAGCAAGGCAUCACCUGGAAUGAUCUUUAGCGCAGCUCUCUCAUUCAUUGGAUAAUCUUGCCUUAUUGCAAAGAUGCAGACAUCCAGUAGGUUCUGCCCCAUUGCCAGUUUGCUGUACACUAAGUCCUUGGGAUUGCAACCUUAUUCCAUUAUUUUGGAUGGCAUUUAUGACUGAUAGUGGAGAACAUUUCUGCACAUUUAGGAACAUUCCAGGACCUCUGAGUUGAGCACUUUGUCCUGCUAUUGACUGCACUGUGUGCUCAGCAGCCCUGCAGAUAUCUCAGGUAGCAGCUACUGAGAUUUUGUUUGCAAUUUGUGUAGGUGGUCCAUGCCUCACUGCUGAAAAGGAUGUGCUAAGCUUGUAUGCAUAUAGAUGCCCUAUUCAUUCAUAUCCUUAAUGCUGGAGUUGUUUAAGUUUAAGACACUCUUUUGAAAGAUUUUGAAUUUGGUAGCAGCAGGUCUUUUCACUACUUUAUCAGCUUUCAUUUCAUUUUUUUAUCAAAUAAAAUAAGAUACCGAUAAUGACAGUUGGCCAGUACAUGAAAUUACAAUGUAUUUUUUUAUGAUUAUUUUUUCUUGAAGGUAACCCCCCCUCUAAACCCACUUACUCGCAGUAUGCCUGACCCCAUGUCCCAAAGAACACAGCUAACAGAGUUGGAUUCCCUCAAAGUGCCUCCUGUGUUUGCCUCAGCCAGAAAUGCUCUUUACACACGUUUUACACCAAAUGAUUGGAUGGCUUCAAACCAAGGCAACUACCUAGCAUCAGAUCGUGUUCGUAGUGGUGCUGAGCGCCUUCGUCUCGACACUGUGCGCCUUUGUAGGCAAGUAUUCAAAUGUUAACAAAUAGUAAAUUUAGAAUAUUUGUAUACUUACUUACUUGCCUUUUACCCCUCCUGGGGCAUAGGCCAUCUACAAUAAUUUUUCAUUUAUCUUUGUCCUGUGCUUUUCUUUCCGUACGUUGGGCCUAUUUAGGUUCAGUUAUUUCUAAGGCAUGAUCUGUACUUUCUGCGUGAAUACACUUUGAUAUCAUCACACAUUUUUUUCUCUAUGUCUUUUUGUGAGAAUGAAUUCAAAUUUUAAAGUUGCAUCAUGUUUCUAAUUACUAUAGAGAAGCAGAUGACAAGACUAAGCGUACACAGAGUGAUGUAGGAAAACGUUUAGGAGAACGCAUUGGGGAUAUUAACUUCUGGAAAAAUGAACUUGCCCAUGAGACUGACAAUCUUAUUGGUGAGACAGCUCAACUUCAAGAGGUAUUAAUAUUGUAUUAAAAAUAGAAUGCAGCUUUUUAGAGAUUAUAUUAUAUUUAUUUAUAAUAAAUACAAAUUAAUAAUAAAUAUUAUUUAUUUUCCAUCUAGUUUCUCCACAGAACUUUCUCAUAUUUGAAUUAUUCAUUGGUAUAUUCAUUUAGCUAAAAAAAAAUAUGGACAGAGACAAUUAUAAAACAACUAAGACAAUUAUUUCUUUACCCAAGGCCAAGAGAGUCCUUGAAAAGUUUUUGGCAGAGACUGAGAAUCCCUUGCACAUUGCUCAGGAGUGUCUGUAUCAUAGAGAAAAAAGACAGUCUAUUGACUUAGUGCAUGACAAUCCUGAAAAGGCACUUAUUAAGGUAUUGCAUUUCCUUAUACAUUUAUUAUAGUAUAUGUAUUUUUUAAAAUAAACUCCUGAAAUACUGGGUAAUGAAAUUUCUGUCUAUCGAAAAAGUUAAUCUAUUUUUAUAAAGAUUUUCACAUGUGUUCUAUAAUGUUUCUAGGAAGUGGAUAUUAUAAAAAGAUGCCAAGAGAGGAUGAGAAAUACUGUUGACAAAGCUAAUGUUCAGCUAAGGUAAGCAGCAGUGAUCAAAAUUAGAUAAACAUUGAAGAAGAAGAAAGUUAUUUAAAAAAACUGCUUUUAACCUGAAAUCCUAUUAAUUUUUUAAAUCAGCUAAAGCUAACUUUAAAAUAAAUAAGCAGUAAGUAUUUUAUUUCAUUUCAGCUUAAAUCGUGCAGCUCAGCAUGAACUAGAAAAAGAUGCUAGUGAUAAAUUUGUGGCUGAACAGUUGGACACAGCAUGUCACGGGUUGAGGAACACAAGUAGAGGACUUGCAUAUCAUGAUGGUGUUCACAGGAUUGAUAACACGUACGUUGGUGGAAAGCUCAUAAAUAAACUCUUUUAAACCCCUUAAGGGGAUUUAUUACAAAGAUAUACAAGAGCUGGCUAAUUAUAGCUGUAGUGCAGGGGUGGGCAAACUUUUUGUGGGAAGGGCCACAUGACUAAUGUAAAGCUGUUGGGGGGCCGCAUGGAUAUUAUGUCCAAUUUUUACAUGUCAAUAAACAUUUUUCUAUUAUAUUACAUGACGAAAGUCAAGAACUGUUUAAAAAAAUAGAAAAUUAGAAAGAAAUUUGAUCAAAAUGUUUAAUAAAUCUUAACGGUAUAUGAAAGUCAGUAAAAUUCAACAAAAUAACGUAAAAACAAAGUAAUUUUGUUAUUUCUAAAUGCCUUCGAGGGCCACAUAAUAUCAGUUGCCGGGCCACAUGCGGCAAGAGGACAAUUUCACACCCCUUCUCAAUAAUCCUGACUGAAAUUCUUAAAGAAUGGGAUAGUUAUUAGAGACUAACUUCUCCAGAUUUAUCAGAGGAUGUGAGGACCUUCUUGAAUUAUGACCAUGAUGUGAAUUGUACAUGAUUUUAACAGUGUUUAUGUGACUGAGACUUGACUGUAUGAGAAAUGGUAUCAUUAUUUCUGUGUAGAGAAUUGAAUGAACUCUUAAUUAGGUCAUUUUGAGUAGUAAACCCUGAUUAAGAAAUUAAAAUAUUCUGAGAAAACAAUUUAUAACUAGUGUUAGUCAAUCACUUCUGUAUUUUUUUUAAAACAUGUUUUUCCUUUUUGACAUUUUGAAUUCCAGGUUAUUAAAAUGUAUAUACUUCUGAAUACGUGAAAAUUCAACUCUUGCUUUUUUUUUCAGGGUGUCUGUACCAGAAACCUGGGCUAGAUACAGCAAUAACAACAUUCAGAGAUCACAAGCUGAGCGAGCAGCCUCAAAGAAUAUGCGGAAUGAAAUUGAAGCUGUGAUUAAUGCUUGCAACAAUGAAAUGUGGCAAGAGUGGAAUGCUGUCAAUGUGGCAUUGAACCAACGUGCCCAGGAAACCACUGAUGCUAGAAACAAGAUUCAAACUCAUCUCUCAAAGGUAAAUUCUAUGUUUAUCUAAAAAUCAUAUGAAAUUGUUUUCUUAAGUUAUUCAAAUUUCAAGUAAUAAAUUCUAUUUUGCUUUCAAUGAUUUAAACUUAAAGAUAGAUUCUAAAGUUUUUCCAUAUCGUGGGAAGUCUUUUCACAGAUAAUGAUUUAAUGAUGUUAAAUUAAAGGUGCUUCAAGAAAUAUUUGAUAUGGAGAAGAACAUUGAGCUGGCAAAGAAGGCAAUCCAAGAUAAGGAGGCCCCAAUGCAGGUUGCUCAGUCCAGAUUAGACACUCGUUUGAGAAGACCAAAUGUGGAAUUAUGCAGAGAUCCAGUUCAACACAGGUUUGAUCAUCCUUUUUUACUUGGAGAUUUUUGGUCCCUCUGUCAUUUUUCAGUGUGCACUCAUGCCUCCUUUUACAGCUGUUCAUGUGUUGACACUUGAGAAUUAUGAACAUUUCAAACAGUUGUGAGGGAUGGAGGGAAAUCCAUUAUUACCUUUUUUGAAUUUCUAAUACUGGAAUUGUGGAAUAUCAGUUUUAAUUUUUAAAUGAUUAAGAUCUACCUAGAUUAAAGAUCUUUAGAUAAAAUUGUAUAGUGAAAGAAAUGAAAGGAAAAUUAUUUUUGUAACUCUCCCUAUUUCAGACUUGUUGAAGAAGUUGGUGAGAUUGCAGACACAGUGGACGCCCUACAGCACAAAUUAAGGGAAGCUGAAAAUGCCCUGCAGGCAUUGUUACGCACCAAAGCUGCAUUGGAACAGGAUCUUAGCAUUAAGAACAACAGCUUGUUCAUUGACCGUGAAAAGUGUCUUGCCAUGAGGAAAACUUUUCCAAUGGCACCUCGCAUUGUUUCAGUCUGAAAAAGUCUGAAAUUAUCAGACAAACUUCAUUGCUGUAGUAUUUGAUGUCUUUACAAAUAUUUUUUUUUUAACUCUUUCUUUCUGACAGCAAAUUACUGCGUCAGUUUUAUGUAUAGUAAGACUAGAUAACUUUUCCAGAAUUGGACGAAAAAAAAUAUAAAAAAAUAAAAUAGAAGGAUAAAUUUUACACUGAAAAAUUGAAAUUUCUAUCUAAAUCAACAUAUUUUAAAAAAUAUUUUGAUAAAGCUGACUUAUUAAUUUCUCUAUAUAUUUCUUGUUGUAAAGCUUUGACGCACAUGUUUAAUGACAAAUUUAAAUCAAUUUAGUUAUGUUUCAUCUACUUAACAGUACAUAUUUUUUUUUUUUUUUUUUUUUUUAAAGUGUGGUAUUACAUAUGCGGGUGUUGAACUAGAUAAUAGGUAAUGUAUGUAGUUGUCCUGUGCUUAAUAGAAAUGUUUGACUUAAAAACUAAAUACUUCUUUGGCCAUCUAUAUUUUACAAAUUGCAGCUGUUAGCAAAAAUGUUUUAUCUUGCUUAUUGUGAGAUAAAAUAUUGAAAAAAUAGUUAAAGAUAAUAGCAAAGCAAUGUCUAUCAGCUGUUACUCGUUAGUACUAACUCAUCAAUUGUCAGUUACUAUUCUUGAAUCAUUCUUCAAAGUUGACACCAAUAUAGUCAUGUGACUAUUUUUAUUCUUAAAUGGGCUGUAAUUUAGGUGAUACUAAGAGAAAGAGAAUCAAUAAGAAUUUAUUUAUUUAUUUUUUUUUUUCAAUGUUAACAUAAUUUUUUAGUUUCUGUCUUCUGUGCUUAUUUAUUUAUAACCAAUAUAUCAUAAAAGAAAAAUUGUCACUCUUACAUUCAAGUCAACGCUGAUGAUUGUUGUGUCAUUUCAGUGCCUGAAUCUUAGUAAAUUGUUUUAUUUAUAUCUAACUCUAAAUAUUUAACAAAACACUUUGCAAAAGUGAUUUCAAGUGAUUUAACAUGGUAUUUGAUGACUAUUUAAAAAUUAUCUUUUUCUGCAACAAUCAACUUCGAUAUCUCCUUCAGUUUUCAUCAUUUUAAAAACAAUGCCAUUUGGUUAUGUAUCUUAAAAUGUAUCAACAAUCUUAUACUGUAAAAAAAAAAGUAAAAUAUAUAUUUGCAACCAUCAAGAGGAAUUAUAGGUCUAAAAACUAUAUUAUUAGCAUAAUGUCUUAGCAUUAUAUAUUUUUUAUGUGUAAAUAAACAGCUACAUUCUUUAAAGUAAUUAAUGCUUGAAUACAAUGUAAAGACGAUACAGUUAAUAAAAAAUUGAAAAAGUAAGUUGAUUUCUGAAAAUAAAAUAAACUCCCAAUGACCUAAUAUCAUUUAACAUACAGUAAACAUGAUAAGUAUUAAGUAGUAAUUUGAAAUGAAAUCCAUGUAAUUUUAGGCACAAGUUAAAAUAUUUUAACAUUUAAAUUAAAUUUAAGCAGUUUUGAAAUCUUAAAGCCCAAGAUAUUUAUCUACUGUCACACCCUAUUUUAAUUGGGUUACAAUUGAACGUGUUUUUUAAAUUUUCUCUAACUAGAAUUUUUUCUACAAAUAGGGGGCUACAUGUUUGUACGUCGUUUAUGUGUUCUAUGAUCUAAGCUUUAUUUUUCUUGCUUAAACCUAAUCAGUCUGAAGGUUAUUGUAACAUUAUAUGUAAAAAAUGUGAUCUUAUACACUUAAGCCAUUACUUAGGCUUAACUAACAGUAUUAUUAUUGUACAUUUUCCUUUUUUCCUUUCCUUUUUUUUCUCCCCACUGUGAUAAUGAGUGUCAUUUUUUUAAUAUUUAAAGAUUUUCUUGUUUUUUUUCUGCACAGCUUAUUAAGUUGUGAUGCUGAAUUUAUUUAGGACUAUUUUAGAGUGUUAACUUUUAACAUCAAAAUUAAAAAAUUGCUGAUGGACAAACAUGAAAAGAAUUUUAGUAAAGAGGCCUUGACCACAAAAGAUUUAUGAUUUUAUAUGAAGGCCAUAUGGUACAAUAACACUGAUUUGUCGAUGCUCAUUGGUACCAUUUUCUAUAUGUGCCAUGCUCUUCAUGAAUUAUAUUGCUAUCUGGAAUUUUGAAAUUUUGUAUUCAAUAGAAUCUCACAUAUGAUUGGAAAUAAAGUGUUUUAUUUCAUUUUAACUUUAAAAAAUGUGUAUUAGCUUGUGUAGAAUAAGGGUUUUCAAUUUCACAUAAUGUCUGGUUCUCAUCAUUUAUUGCAGAAUUUUUUUUUUUUUACUAGAUCUUUUACAUCAUUUAAAAUUUUACACCAAAUAAGGUUUUUUAAUAGUAUAUUAUUACAAUCUUUAUUUAUUACUUUUAUGGCUGUGAAAAACGCUCAUAAAAUUUGGCAAAUUCUGUAACAUUUAAAAUUGCAUCAACUAUUACAUAAUCCAUCUUUUCAAAGCAGUUGAUUGCUUUUGUAAAAUUAUAAUUGUAAGGUGUUUUGUACAGUUUAAAAUAAUUUUUGAUACAAUGAUUCAACUAUAAUCAUAUUUGUUUUGUAAAAGUAUUCCUGCUCUCCCUGUGUAUAUGGAAAUAUUCUACCUUUCAUUAAAUUUUUUUUUUGGAGCUGGUCUAGAUUGCUCGUUAACUAUUGAGUUUGCACAUAUCAUUAUUAAAUAAAAGAUUUUCAAUUACUGUAUAAGAAAUUUUU